AGUGAAGCCGAGCCCUGCCUACGUCACUGUUUAGGGACAUGCCCACUGGCGUUAAACAAAUACAUUUCCGCAAGUUUGGUUACAAGCUGCAUCUGCCUUGCAUUCAAUUGGGGCUUAUUACCGGCUUACGACGUAAGUUACAAACGUUUAUAAAAUGUGUGAAGUCAAACCAAACAAUUCAGCUCCAACUGAAACUGACAGCGGAGCGGAAAAAGACUGGGCUGCUACCAAAGCGUUUUUUGACAACCUCAAAUCAAACAAACCGAGACCUCCCAAACCCCAGUAUGCUGUCACCAUCGCCGUCUCGUCUCGCACCCUCUUUGACAUGGUGGAAGAAAGGAAAAUCUAUGAGGACGAAGGACUAGAGAAGUACGCGGCUUAUCAGGUGGAGCAUGAAAACGAUCCUCUAAAGCCAGGAGUUGCUUUCCCCUUCGUCAAGGCGCUGAUGAAUGUCAACUCUCGUCUGAGGAAGCUGUACCCAGACAGCGAGGAGCUGUUUGACAUCGUCUUAAUGACUAACAACCAUGCCCAGGUUGGAGUUCGCCUCAUAAACAGCAUCAAUCACUACGAUUUGACUAUAGAGCGAUUCUGUAUGACCGGAGGGAAAAGUCCCAUAGGCUACCUGAAGGCCUACCUGACAAACCUUUACCUUUCCAAGGACUCAGAGAAAGUCACAGAGGCCAUUGAGGAAGGCAUCGCUGCAGCCACAAUGUUUAUGACACAAACGGCGACUUUGAGCGAAACUCAGCUGAGAGUGGCGUUUGAUGGCGACGCCGUCCUCUUCUCGGACGAGUCAGAGAUAAUCGUGAAGCAACACGGCCUGGACACUUUCUUUGAGCACGAGAAGGAGUUUGAGAACAAACCUCUCGCUCAGGGUCCGUUAAAGUGUUUCCUGGAGGCUCUGGGGAGGCUUCAGAGAAAGUUCUACGCCAAGAACGAGCGCAUGAACUGUCCCAUCCGAACCUACCUGGUGACAGCCCGCAGCGCUGCCAGCUCUGGGGCUCGCGUCCUGAAGACUCUCCGCAGCUGGGGCCUGGAGAUCGACGAGGCUCUCUUCCUGGCCGGGGCUCCUAAAGGGCCCCUGCUGCAGAAAAUACAACCGCACAUCUUCUUUGACGACCAGAUGUUCCACAUUCAGGGGGCCAAUGACCUGGGCACCAUCUCUGCACACGUCCCCUACGGAAUCGGACAGAAGUACCACAAGGGGAAACUCAUCGAGCAGCCUGAGAAAAAGGAGUAACCUAAAAAUGGUUGCAAAAUUACAUACGCACCACGUUGUCACCUGUGUAUAUUGAAAUUCAGGAAAACUAUCUGUUAAAAGAAUAACAGAAUUCUUGGAAAAUUUUGCAAAUUAAUUGGUAAUGGGUCUAUAAAAUGUCCUACUUUUUGGGAUAAUAUAAAAUAUUUUUCUUAUAAAAUAAGAUACUUUUCUUUAGGCUAGAGUAUUGAGUGGUGGAAUGUAUUUCACUUGAUAUGGUUUUCAUUAUCACUGUUUUCAUCAUUUAUCACAGUUUUCAUUUAACUGUUUUGAGAUUACUUUUCUUAUUUACGUUUGAGUUUGUCAUAAUCUUUACACUUCUAUAGGAUAAACAAUAAUUUUAUUUAUCUUGGUUUUGGCUUUUUGUCCUUGGUAUAUUCAGUGUUAACAAGGGGGGAGAAUGUAUCUGCUGUGGUUUUAUUUUUUUUAAUUUUUAUUUCCUUUUUCUACAUAGGCGCUUUCAUAGACUUAAAAUUCACCAGCCAAUUAAAACGGCCCAUUUCAACUCAAAAUUUGCAACGUUUUUGGGAUUAACGCGAACAUUAAACGGGACAUGUUGAUAUCAGCAAUUAGUUUUUUAAAGGGACAUUGAUAAGGGUCGAAUGCCUAUGGCUUACAGGGAACAGGGAUGCUGUUUUUCUUAGUUUUUGCUGUUGAUGUGCACAAACUGUAUACAAUUUUACAUUUUUCCUCCAACUUUUAUACUAAUGUACUGCAAGUUUACACUUCAAGUGUCUGGGUAUCAGACAGGCAGCACACUGUAACUACACUUUUCUAUCACAUUGUAUUCUUUUAUAUAGGACUGACUACAUAUACUGUAAUGUUUACAGAUUUCAUUUUAUGUAUUUCAUGUUGCAAAAAUAUGUAAUUGUUUUCAUAACUAAACACUGUCAAGGAGUUCUACAGUUACACUUGUCUCUAUAUUUUUUAUAUUAUGUGUGGUAAAGUUUCUCAGUACUGGGUCAUGCAAUGUUUUGCAUUCGUUGUACCUUAAGUACACAACAUGUUUGCACCAAUUCACUUUUCUAUAAUCUGAUUACUCUCUUGCUUUUAAGUGAGUGCAGCGGAGUAAAGGAAUGUGGAGGAAUCCCA